AUGAAAGGAAAACAUUUCCACUGGACUGCGAAUCCGAAUGGAGAGAAGCCGAAAGGACUGCUCGGUCACACAUCGCCAUCCGAUCGACUUCGAGCCUACAUUUCAGUGCUAGCCAUUGUCGACAUCACGGUGCUGAUGGUGCUGUUUGUGAGGAUAAUCUACCUCAGUGUCCCUCACUUGAUGCUCGGUAACGCUAUAAAAUCGCCCACGCUGAUAUACAACAGUUGUCGUGCCAUGUUCGUCAUCGAACAAGCAGUGAAACUAGCCUCGUUAACGCUAUUGUCCUGCAUCAGCAUCGAGCGCUACAUAACCAUUCGAAAGCCCUUCUGCGGACAG